AUGCUUUUCGUGGUACGAUUUACGCAUGCGCAAGGUGCAGGUGGUGGAGGUGGAGGUGGAGGAGGAGGUGGUAGUGGUGGAGGCGGUUUUAAUGGUUGGAGUGGCUCUGGUGGCAGCAGUAGCUGGAACUCUCAUCUCAGUGAUUAUGGUACAGGAAACUGCAUAGGAGAACAGUGUCAACGUCGUACAAUUAUUAUCGUUUGUUCUGUGAUAGGAGGUGUUUUAGUACUCCCAAUCAUUAUAAUUGUUUGUUAUUUUUUCUGCACAAACCCUCGAGAUACUUGUGACUUUUGUCGUCAUAUUGCUGGUUCAUGUGGCCGUGGUGUCGUCGAUUGUUGUCACCAUGGAUGUGUCGAUUGUUGUCACUUGAUCUUGGCUUGUGACUAUUGUGAGUUAGGACUAUGCAAAUCCAAAGUGACUGUUACCACGCCGAAUCCAUCUCCGCGUACAACGGAAUCCCCAACUGUUGACCAGAAGAUCGUUUCUGUGUCACGCCUAAAACUUCGUCCCAUAUCACGCCAUAAACUUUCUCCGAUUUCAUGUUCUAAAACUGGUCGUGUCUCACGCGCUAAACUUCCACCCAUUCCUAACAGUAAAUUUUCUUCGACCUCUCAUACGGAACUGUCUUUUAUUUCUUCUACUAAACUUCCUUCGAUUCUACAUUCUCAAACAUCAACAAGAAAUGUCUUUCAAUCGGGUUGUUAUAAUAUGUGUUAUUAUCAAUAUUUUAAAUGGCAUGGACCCUUUCUUGCUCAAUUUGAAUUCAAUGAAAGAAUUAUUCGGGGUAAUGGUUCUGACGAUGUCGGCUCAUUUGAUAUUACAGGAAGCUAUUCAACCGAUGAUAAUCGUAUGACUUUAACGAAACACUAUAAACGUGGAACUGGCGAUCCUCGUGAAAAUCUCGGACAUCAAGUUAAAAUUGAUUUGAAAUGGAACGAACAAGAACAACAAUUCGACGGUCAAUGGAUCAUUAGAACAACAAACUAUUCUGGUCAAGAUAAAUUCGAAUUGAAAUUAAAACAACACCUAGAACCAACGUUAUAA